CACAGUUUCAUCACUCUUCUUCACAUUCAGAAUCAACCAAAAAAAACACUAAAGACACUUCAACGUUCUACAGUGUUACCAAGAAGAGAUGACAAAGCUAGAAACUUCUUCACUAUCCUCAAAGCUGAGAAUUAACAGAGAUUCACGUGCAAUAUCAAAGUUUAAGUCAGAGAUUAGGAUAGUUCAUGUGUUUGCUCCUGAAAUAAUUGAAACUGAUGCUGCUAAUUUCCAGAGAGUUAGUUCAAAGAAGACUCACAGAAAGCCAGAAGAAGGGAGCGCUGGAAGCAAGUCCAAAACCGCACCAACCGAAGAUGCUAUUGCUAUGGAUUCAGACCCGAAGGAGGCUUUGAUCAUUCGAGAUGAAGAGGAGUUUCUGAGUCUGCAAAAUGGGGUAAGGGUGAAAGAUGAACACGAAGAGGAAGAAGGUCAGAAUGGGUCCCUAUGGGAAUCAAGUUUUUUUUUCAGUGGGUUUUUCUUUUGAUGGGUUUCCUCAGAAUUUGAAUUCUUUGAUGAAAGAGUUAAGCACGGCCGCGCCUGAAGUGAAGCAAGUUCGAGACAUUUUUUUAAUGUGUUGUUGGUCGUUUUGUGUGUAUCUUGUUGAUUUUUGUGGAUACUUAUCAUGAAAUGAAUAGCUGAUGAACUGAUGUUUCAUAAUUGUAGAUUGAGUAUUGACAAUUUACCUUGUUUCUGAUAUUUUG